ACGUGAGUAGCAGGCAAUGCAGUGCCUGCCAUCUAAUGGACCACACAGCAGCAUCUAGUGGACACCACGUUGCCACGUAGUGGACGAAACAGCGCAGAAUAGCCGACAACAAAUAUCGAGCCGCGUCGAGUAACCCACACCUGAUUUGGAGUCGACGCCACUGAGCCGUCUACCGCCGUCACCAUGUACUCCGAGUGGUCGGCGUUGGAGGAGGUGAUCGGCGAGAACAUGGGGCAGUGCAGCGUGCUGCAGAACUUCCCGUCCGUGAUCGGCCGCGACGUGUCGUGCAGCGUCGUCAAGUCCCUCGCCCGCCACCUGAGCAUCAACGCUGCCGACUGCCAGGCCAGCACGCUCGUCACUGACAAGCAGGUGCUGUGGACGAUGGAGGUGCUGUGGCACGGACUCAGCCUCCAGAUGGCCGAAUACGAGACGAUUAACGACUGCGUGAACGUCUACUGCGAGUGGCUGACGGCGAUGACGACGCCGCGCAACAGCGUGCCGAUCCCCGUGCUCGAGGAUCCGAACGCCUACACGCAGACGAUCAUACGCCACUUCUACAGCCUGUUCGUGCCCCGCGACGCUUCAGACUCCGCGGACGGCCGCCGCUCCGGCUCGUUCAUCAGCCGCACGACGACGGGUGCAGGUCCCGGCGCGGCGCCGGCGCUCACGGGCAGCGACGCGCUCGAGCUCGAGCUCAGCUACGAGGCGGGCCGCGCGGAGGCCGUCGGCGCCCUCUGCCGGGUGUUCUGCUCGCACAAGACCGGCGAGGGGAUGCUGGCCGUCUACUACGCUCGCUUCUACAUCGUGGUUCGGCAGGCGCUGUCCAUCAACGAGCAACUGAGUGGGCCGGUACUGAGCAGCCUCUUGUUCAACUCCUCCAACCUGCUGCGCACUGACCUAGAGGGCAUCAUGGUGCUGCUGCCGGACUUUGUCGCCGCGCUGGAGAUCGUCCUGCCGGAGAAGGAGCCACGAUUCAAGCUACAUCCUAGCAUACCACUAGUUGAACUGAGAAGGGCUUCUAUUCACCUGUUGCUGUCAAUGAUUGCUUUACCUCUUCACUUUCGGAACCUCCCGAUUAAAGAGAUCGUAAGAGGCAGCAGCUCACAGCCGCAGCAUGUGACAUUCCUCUACAUCAAGUCACGACUUGUCAACUUACUCGUCAGCGGACUUCAGGUGGAGACGGAUUCUCUAAACACUCAGAUGCUACUCGGUGGGCUGCUGACGUGCGUGCAGGACUCUGCGCUCUGCGAGGAGGUUGACCAGGUCACUGCCCAGGAAGAAAUGAUCGGGGGAAACGAGUCGUCGAACAACCUUCUCGGACCGGACGAGGAGCUGAAGGAGGAGAGCGCGGCGUCGAUGGUGGCCGACGUCGACGACGACCGCGUCGCGCAGACGUGGUUCCGCUUCCUGCACGUGCUCACCAACCCCGUGCACCUGAGCAGCCCGGCGAUCGUCAGCAACACGCCGCGCUUCCUGCACAUGGCGCUCACGAGCGAGGCUGUCAUAGAUCCAGCACAUCACCCCUGCUUGCACAUGCUGCCAGAGAUCUUUCUGAAGGCCAUGAAAGGCAUUGCGGCCAUUGUGGAUUCAUUUCUUGGUAUUCCGCAGCCAGAGCUGAAGGAUGUUACUGCCGUACCUGUCGCCUACCCCAAGCAGACGCUAACCCCCGCUACUGGCACGCCUCCUAUGCAGAAGAAGAAAGUUGGCUUGAGUUUGAAGGAGUCGAAAAAGUCGUCGUCAAACAUCGCCAAGCAGCAGAGCACGCCCGUGACGCCGACCGUCGGUCAGAUAUCGCUGUCGCUGGACAAUCAGAAGUCGCUCGCCGCCGACCGGCCGAAGUGCAACAGCAUCCUGCACCUACUCGGCGCCUGGCUGUUUGAAGCUGCGCUCGUCGGAUGUCCCAUCUCCACCGAAGCCAAAGGUAGUGUUCGAAAUAAGGGCUAUCCGUUUGUCCUCACGUGUCCAUUUCCACGGAGGAUAAGUAGACCUGUCCAGCAGCUUGUCCGCUGGACAAGCAGCUUUUUAGAGCAACUUUUUAGAGCAAUUUUUCAGCAUUUUCUACUAUCGCUUCAACUUUGUUAAGACAAGU